GGUCCCGGCAGGAGCCAGCGCCGCGAGCCGCGGCAGGACAUGGUCCCCGAGAUCGCCGCCGCCGUCGGCUUCGUCUCCGGGCUGCUGCGGACGCGGGGCUGCAUCAGCGAGCAGCAGCUCCAGGUCUUCAGCGGGGCGCUGCGGGAGGCGCUCGCAGAGCACUACAAACACCACUGGUUUCCUGAGAAACCCUUCAAAGGCUCUGGAUAUCGCUGCAUCCGUAUCAACCACAAAAUGGACCCCCUUAUCAGCAAGGCAGCUAGCCACAUCGGACUCAGCCUCUCACAGCUCUACCAGCUCCUGCCCAGCGAGCUCACGCUCUGGGUGGACCCUUACGAAGUCUCGUACCGCAUCGGGGAGGACGGCUCCAUCUGUGUCUUGUACGAAGCAACUGCAACGAAACCAGGCAGCUCCUAUGGGGUGCUCACCUGCAAGAACCAGCUGAUGUUGGGUCGCACCAGUCCUGCCAAGAACUACAUCAUGACUGUCUCCAGCUAAACACUCCUCUUGUCCAUACACUGCCAAGACACAGGCUACUGUAUACCUCACGUGAGGAUCUAUUUUUAAGAUGAAGAGCUAUUUAUAUUUUUUAAAAAAAUUCCAAGAAAAUCCAUAAUUAAAAUAUUUGGGCACUGCUUCGAGCUGGAGCGGUGCCUUUAGGUGCCUUUUUUAAA